GGAGUCGCACCAACCAGCACGUGGGCCCUACGCCACCCCCUCCCGGUCCGACGUGUCAUCGUAGCGGACCUUGCUGAUUACGUCAUCACCGCGGAGAGCUGUCUGUCCUUCUUUCUCGUCUCGCCUCGACGUCUCCUCUCCUCCAAAUCGAUCGACAGAGAGAGCUUGAACCGGAGGUACGAACCCUAGCCUGAAUGGAGGACUCCACCGGCGGCGAGAUCAACGCGCCGCCGCCGGUCCAACGGCGUCCGCCGCGCCCGCGAGGAGGCGGCGCCACCGCCACCGCCCAGGGCUUCGUGGCCGCGCUGCGCCGCCGGGUGAGCUCCGGCGCCGCGGUGGCCGCACGCGCCAGCUUCGCGGCGGACUCCGGAGACGAGUCCGGCCCAGCCGAGCCGUCCUCGUCGCACCGCCGCGAGUCAAGCGGGGACGUCCCGUCCAACGCCGGCGGCGGCGGCGGAGGCGGAGGCCCGGACUUCUCCGCGUUCAGUUUCCGCGCAGCUGCCCCGGUUCAUCGGAAGGCGAAGGAAAGCCCACUGAGCUCCGACGCCAUCUUCAAGCAGAGUCACGCAGGCCUUUUCAACCUAUGCAUUGUUGUUCUGGUGUCAGUGAACGGCAGGCUUAUUAUUGAAAACUUAAUGAAGUAUGGCUUAUUAAUAAGAACUGGCUUUUGGUUUAACUCUAGAUCAUUCCGAGACUGGCCACUUCUAAUGUGCUGCCUUAGUCUGCCUGCUUUCCCCCUCGCCGCAUAUUCGGUUGAAAAAUUGGCAUUCCGUAAUCUUAUUACUGAUGCUGUCGCUACCUGUCUUCAUGUCAUUCUUACAACAGCUGAAAUCGUAUAUCCAGUGCUUGUCAUUCUUAUGUGUGAUUCUGCAGUUGUUUCUGGUUUUUUGUUGAUGUUUAUUGCUUGCAUUGUUUGGCUGAAACUUGUAUCAUUUGCGCAUACAAACCAUGACAUAAGACAGUUAACUAUGGGUGGCAAGAAGGUUGAUAAUGCACCCAGCACAGCUGACAUGGAGGAUUUACAAGCUCCAACUUUAGGUACUCUAAUAUACUUCAUGAUGGCUCCAACACUGUGUUAUCAGCCAAGCUAUCCCCGAACUUCACAUGUUAGAAAAGGGUGGCUGAUUCGUCAAAUUAUCCUGUACUUGAUAUUUACCGGUAUUCAAGGGUUCAUUAUUGAGCAAUAUAUAAAUCCAAUUGUUGUGAACUCUGAACAUCCAUUAAAGGGAGGACUCCUGAAUGCUGUGGAGACUGUUCUUAGGCUUUCACUACCAAAUGUUUACCUGUGGCUUUGCAUGUUCUAUUGCUUUUUCCAUCUCUGGUUAAAUAUACUUGCUGAGAUUCUUCGUUUUGGUGACCGUGAAUUUUACAAAGAUUGGUGGAAUGCAAAAACAAUUGAUGAGUAUUGGAGAAAAUGGAACAUGCCUGUGCAUAAAUGGAUUGUUCGCCAUAUAUACUUCCCUUGCAUGCGAAGUGGUAUAUCAAAGGAAGUUGCUGUUUUUGUAUCGUUUUUCGUAUCUGCUGUACUCCAUGAGCUAUGUGUUGCUGUUCCCUGCCGCAUUGUCAAGUUCUGGGCAUUCCUGGGAAUCAUGCUGCAGAUUCCACUUAUCACAUUGACAUCGUACCUGAAGAGUAAAUUCAGUGACACAAUGGCUGGCAACAUGAUAUUCUGGUUCUUCUUCUGCAUCUACGGGCAGCCUAUGUGUGUUCUCUUGUACUACCAUGAUGUGAUGAACAGGAUUGGAAAGACAGCAUAGACGAACGUUCUGUGUUGUGUUUAUUCCAUUUUUAACCGAGUCAGAGAGGCAAUGCCAUGUACACCAUGAAACCGUGCAACUUCCAUCACUACGGCAUAUACAGCCUUCCAGUUUUUUCUCGGAGAACCCAGUAGAUAAUACACUGUCCACAAGCUUUCUUUUUUUAUUUUCUACUUGUAAAUGUAUAAAAAUCCUACAUGACUAAUGGAUUGGAUAUUUUCCGGUAUGUGUAUUGUGCA